GAUCGCAUCGCGGCUUACUGGUGCUUCAAUUUCGCGUCCGUGGCAUCUGCGCGUGGCAAUCUUAGCUCAUCCGUCCGUGCGUCCAGUUGCGCGAUAGAAACGUGAAGAAACGCUGUUCCGUAGUGCGUUAGAAAUAACGUUAAAUUAUUCAUUUCGUUUUAUUGCUGCCCAUUUGUUAGCGGGUGUGACUUGACAAGACGUCAUUCCCGAACUAAAAUAGCUUCAUUUGCAUUUCAUAGAACUGCGUGUGAAUCCUGCUUCGAGUGUGCAGAAACGAAUAACGUACAAGCGCUCAAGAUGGCUAGUGAGGUGCAAAAUUUCUACAAAAACAAAUACAUCUUCCUUACCGGUGGUACGGGCUUCCUGGGUGUUGCCAUCAUCGAUAAGAUUCUGCGUUCGUCACCUGAGGUUGGCGGCAUCUAUCUGCUGAUGCGCCCCAAGAAGGGUAAAGCGAUCCAGGAAAGACUGCAGGAACUUACGAAAAACUCGGUGUUCGAGCAACUGCUCGAAAGUCAAUCGACCGACAUCUUCAAGAAGCUCAUCCCGGUGUCGGGCGAUGUGGGUGAAAAUUUUCUGGGGCUCUCGCAAGCGGAUCAGGCCAUGAUCGUGGAAAACACCAACGUGGUCAUCCAUUCGGCAGCUACACUCGACUUCCAGGCCACGCUGCGACCAACGGUCAAUAUCAAUCUGCUCGGCACCAAGCGCGUGCUGGAGCUGUGCACGAGAAUGAGGAAUCUGAAGAGCAUGGUGCACAUAUCCAGCGCGUACGUUAAUUCGUACCUCACGGAAGCCGAAGAGAAGCUGUAUCCCUGCACGGAAACCGCCCAGAAGGUGGUCGAUCUGGUGGACACGCUGAACGAUUCGGCACUGGACGAGCUGCUGCCAAAACUGCUGAAGGACCAUCCCAAUGCUUACACGUUCACGAAGCAGCUGGCGGAACACGAGGUUAACAAACAUGCGGCACAGUUCCCGUGCGCCAUUAUUCGUCCGAGCAUGAUUACCGGCGCCUGGCAGGAACCCACACCGGGGUGGACCAUCUCCAAGAAUGGACCUCAAGGUUUCCUGAUGGGUGCGUCCAAGGGUGUCAUCCGCCGACUUCCCGUCGGAGUGGAUCUCGUCUACGAUUACAUUCCGGUCGAUGCAGUCGUGAACCAGACGCUCGUACUGGGCUGGUACAUGGGAACUAACAGUUUCCGGGAGGUGAAAGUGUUCCACUGCACCACCAGCACAUCGAAUCCCUUCAAGUGGCGCUCGGUGGUUGACCAGAUGAACGAUUACCUCCACAAAUACCCGCUGAAGUCGGCCAUCUGGUACCCACGGUUGAAGUUCGUAUCCAGCCUGUGGGUGUACAAGUUGGCAUCCAUCUUUGUGCACAUUCUUCCCGCACUAGUGCUGGACUUUAUACUGCGCGUUACAGGUGGUCGCCCGAUGUUGAUGCGGCUUCACACGAACGUUUGGGAUUCGCUUAAUCGGCUGGAAAAGUUUAUCUUCACCGAGUGGAAGUACCACAAUCCGGCGACACAACAGCUUGCCCAAUCGUUGCCGGAGAAGGACAAAGCGCUGUACAACUUUAACGUUUCCCAGUUGCAAUGGCCGGAGUACUUCGUCCACCUGACGCAGGGUGUCCGACGGUAUCUCAACAAUGAGCAACCCAAAUCACUCGAUGCCGCCCGCAGGAAGGAUAAAGUACUGUUCAUCGUGGACAUCGUCUUCCAGGUGCUUAUCUUCUCACUGCUCGGAUGGUUGUUCACCGCAGUGCUCGGUUCGUCCUGCAGCUCCUUCUGGUUGUAUGGUGUUGGAAGUUAUCUGCUCUUCAAUCUGCUCUAGAUUGUUGGUGCAUCAGAUACCACCGAUACCAGCAUGCAUGCAUUUUGUUACGUUGCAUUUCGCUCUAUACAAUCGAAGUCCGCCGGUUUGGUUACACUUGUAACGGAAUAAAUAACGGCGAUUCUUGCCUCAUCCGUUGAAUACACCUAUACCUCACUGUAUAGCCUUCAUUUGCCCCAGAAAAGUUACCCGAACGAAUUAAACGAUCACGGACACAUUUUCCCGAAGGACUUUGCUGAACUUUCGUUGCAAUGAUAUUCAUUCAGGGUGGCUGCAAAGGCCUUUCGUACACUCAAGUAACCAAACUAACUUCUCAAGAUAAUCUUUAUACCUCAGUUGAAAAUAUUGUAUCUUUGCACUGAUCAACUAUGAGAUGGUUAGGAUUGUUAGCUAGCAAGAGGCAUAUCACCUCGUACCAGCGAAAGAUCGCAACAUUCUUCAGAAUGAUGUCGAACAGGGUGAUAACAUCGGCAAAACGAGGUAUAGGUGUACUGUGCUGUACUGUGUUGUUUAGACAUCUGUUGCGAACUCUAUCCCACACACUCUCUCUCGGUAGAAAAGUUUACCUUACAUUUUACAGGGCACAUCACUUCGUUUUCUUUCCCUAAUGAUAUUUGUAGUAAAAUGUAAGCUAAUAGGGAAGCGUAAUAUUUUUGUUUUGUUUUGUGGUUUAGGAUGCCGACUAAAUAAAAAUUGUAAUAAAAAAAAAC